AUGACAACGCCUGAACGACACUAUACUAAGCGUAUCCUUGUGACUGGUGGUGCUGGUUUUAUUGGUUCACAUGUGGUUAUUCACCUCGUUAAGCGUUAUCCUGAGUAUUAUAUUGUAAACCUUGAUUCAUUGGAUUACUGCUCCUGUGUGUGCAACGUGCAUUCGACUAUAUCGUCGUGUAAAAGUGAGCAAAACCAUCAGACUCCACAUAAUGUUACAAUCAAUUACAACAUGGAGAAAGAACACGACACAGAGAACGAUGAGGAUGAAGACAAUGUGUAUGAAUGUCUUCGUCGAAGUUUCUGUGAACCUGGGGACAAAUGUUUGAGUGACGAGUAUGUUGCAAUGCUGCCUAAAAACUACAAAUUUAUUCAUGGAAGUAUCACAGGAGCCGAUUUAGUAGGCUAUAUCCUGAAAACCGAGUGUAUUGACACUAUUCUUCACUUUGCAGCUCAAUCUCAUGUGGAUCAUUCGUUUGGAAACUCGAUUGAUUUUAGCAAGACCAAUAUCCUUGGUACGCAUGUGUUGUUGGAGGCAGCAAGACUACAUGAUAUUAAAAGGUUUAUUCAUGUGAGCACGGAUGAAGUUUAUGGAGAAGGAAGUCCAGAUUCAGCUCCAAUGACGGAAGACCAUGUGCUAGAACCUACCAAUCCAUACGCAGCCACGAAAGCAGGUGCUGAGUUUCUCGUCAAGAGUUUCCAUCAUUCCUUUGGACUUCCUACCAUCAUUACGAGGAGUAAUAACGUGUAUGGACCACAUCAGUACCCCGAGAAACUCAUUCCAAAGCUAGUAAACCAGAUCCUGCGUGACCGACCAGUGACGAUCCAUGGCGAUGGCAUGCAUACUCGCAAUUACUUGUACAUUUCCGAUGUUGUCGCAGCGUUUGACCUUAUUGUGCAUAAAGGUGAAGUGGGAGAAGUUUACAACAUUGGUGGCAAGAACGAACUCUCCAACAAAGAAGUCGCGAUGGAUCUAUUGGCUCUGAUGAAGCCACAGCUUCUAGAAUCCGACAUGACCAAGCUGAUCACAUACGUUCGGGACCGGCCUUUUAACGACCACCGGUACAUUAUUGACGCUGCAAAGAUUCGCCGUCUGGGUUGGAAAGAAACGAUUUCCUGGCGCGAGGGUCUGCGGAAGACUGUCAAGUGGUUUUGCCGAUAUGGACAUCGAUUCAACUACAUUGACCACGCGCUUGAAGCUCAUCCAAUCAAUUUUAAAAAAACCUACGAGCUCAGUCUACACUAA